AAAGAAAGCAAGACCCGACACCCCAGUUGAUUCAGUAGCAAAAAAACCCCGACUCUUUUCACACGUUUUUAAACCCCCGAGAGUAGCUCCCCGAUCUCAACAACAACAAGAGAUAGUCAUUCAACAUGAAGAAGAAGUCUUACCCCUUUUACCAACAACACCACCAGGAUUACCAGCACCACCAGUUUUAAGUCCACGACAGAGUACACCAAGAACACCAAUAGCACCACCAAGACCAUUAGUAACAAGUCCGCAAAUUGAUCCAUCACACCAAGUUGAGAAUAGAGAUGAACCCGAAGUAGUUGAGAAUAUACAAGUUAAUGAGCAGGUAACACCAAUGGAACAAGAAAUAGUUAGAAAUUCACCCUCAGUAAUUCCCAAAGAUAUAGAGAACUUUAAAAUAGAAUUAUUCGAUUUUCCAAUUAUCCCGAUUGAGUGUAAGUUUCAUUUUAAGAUCUUCCAUGUAACAGCAAAUAUAGAAAACAUAAUAGCACAUAGGGAAUUCUUAGAAAAGAAAGCGAAACAACAGGAAGUUGAGUUAGAACAUCUAAUGGAAAAUUCCAACGGAGAUUUACGUAGAAUAGUAGUUAAAUUUAUUAGAGAGAUAGUCGACCCACUGAUAGAUAGUUUAAAGAUUUCAAACCAGAAGCGCUUAGACAACCUUAUCUUAGACCAGAUGAAGGAGAAGGCCUUAAGAACAAUUAGAAAUAGUAAGGAUAAGAAUAGUUUAGAAUCUAUAGAGAAGGCACAGAUAAGAUUUGAGCGUACAUUACAAUUAAGGUAUCAGCUAGAUAAGUUAGAUAGAAGAUUAAAUGAGAAUAUGCCCCCACCAUCAUUAAAUGUACUAGACAAGUUACAGUUUCGUAGUAAGGAAUUAAAUAAGGAAAGUAUAGAUCAGUAUAGUGAGCAGUGGAAUAAUAUCUUAAGAAAGACUAAGUUAGAUUUAACAUCCAUAAUGAGAAUAGCUAAGGUUACAGAGAUAGAUAAAGGUGAAAAAGAAUAUUUAGAGUUAAUUGAGAAAAUACCCUUAGAGAU